CGCUGCCUUGGACCCACGGCGGGAGAAGGCCAGAAGACGGCGAUGGCGAUUCUGGGCUGCCUGCUGUGCGUGGUGGGCCUGCUGCUCUCUGGGACGCCGAGCCUCGGGAUGCCCGGACCCGGCAGACCCACCACCGAGAAACCCAUCAUUGGAGUAGUAAUGCAAGAAACCAUAAACUCAGAAAUAAAAAGUCUUGGAAAAUACUAUAUUGCUGCAUCAUAUGUGAAGUAUCUAGAGUCUGCAGGUGCAAGAGUUGUACCAGUAAGGCUUACUCUUACACAUACACAGUAUGAAGAACUUUUCAAAUCCAUCAAUGGAAUCCUUUUACCUGGAGGAGGCUCUAAUCUCCAGAAGUCAGGCUAUGCCAAUGUCUCCAAAAUAUUUUACAACUUGGCCAUACAGAGUUUUGAUGAUGGAGAUUAUUUUCCUGUGUGGGGCACAUGCCUUGGAUUUGAAGAGCUUGCCUAUCUGAUCAGUGAGAAAAGCUUAUUAACUGUGACAAAUACUGAGAAUGAAGUAUUACCAUUGAACUUCACUAAAGGUCCAUCAAAGAGCAGAAUGUUCAAAAAUUUUCCUCCUGACUUGUUGCGGUCAUUAGCAGAAGAACCUCUGACUGCAAAUUUCCACAAGUGGAGCCUUUCCAUGAAGAAUUUUACAAUGAAUAAAAAAUUAAGGAAGUUUUUCAACAUAUUAACUACAAAUACAGAUGGCAAGAUUGAGUUCAUUUCAUCAAUGGAAGGGUAUAAGUAUCCAGUAUAUGCUGUCCAGUGGCAUCCAGAGAAAGCACCGUAUGAAUGGCCAAAUUUAAAAGGCGUUUCCCAUGCACCUAAUGCUGUGAGGACUGCAUUUUAUUUAGCAGAAUUUUUUGUUUCUGAAGCGCGGAAAAACAAUCAUCACUUCGAAUCUCAGUCUAAAGAGGAGAUGUCCUUGAUUUAUCAACACUCUCCAAUUUAUACUGGAAAUGUUUCUUUAUUUCAGCAAUGCUAUAUGUUUAAUUGAAAAUUUUCAGUGUAUUACUGACCAGUUGUGGAUGAUUCCUUGAUUAAAUUAUUGAAAUUACUUGCUAUUUACAGUACUAAUCGAAAAUGACAGAGAUUUCCUUUCUAUGCAGAUGACUGAUUGUUCAGUAUGUGAUUAUUUAUAUUGCAUUUGAUAAUUUAACAAUGAAACAAAGUCACAAAGUUUUUCAUGGAAAAUUCGUCCUAGAUCUGAAGAUUAGACAAAAACGAUUGAAAAUGGAAUUUUUUUCUGUUUUAUUGAUUCUAGAAAUGAAUAUCACCUCCUUUCCACUCAUUCCUUUUUGCUGAAGACUUCUAAAAUUCUACCUUUUGUUCUCUUUGCUGCCUUCCUCCAUUGGGUGCAUAUGUGUGUAUGUGUGUUAUGUGUGUAGAGAUACACAAAAAUAUCUCCUCUGCUGUAUUUCAUUUCCACAGUUAAUGAGCACAAUCCUGAAAGUGGAGUCUGUGUCUUGAAGAUUUUGUCUUCUACAAUGCCUGGUGCAGUAGGCCUUUCAUAAAUACUUGGGACUACUUGUAAAUGAACCUUUCCCCCAAUAGAAAGUAAUUAAAAAGCAGCCUGACAUUAAA